UACCAUGUCGAUGCGAUACCGAGAAAGGAACCCUUGGCCUCGCCAGGUAAUCCGGAGACGAUUAUCGUUGUUUCAAUAUUUCCAUUUCAGAUAGACUGGCCAAAGCUAAACAAAUCAUCCAUACCCAGGAUUGCCACAGCGACAUGCACAGGUUCACUAUCCACAGCCCCAGUCCAAUCUCCAACACCGAAGGAAGUCGUUCGUUCAUUUUGCCGCUCUCCAUUGACGCCAACUGCAGCCCUGGCCGCCGAUGUUGGCCCGAGGUCUUCGAUCCGGCCCAUUUCAACUCUGAGGGUAUCGAGGUUCCACGAGACGAUAUGGUCUUUCUUGCAUGUCCGGGAUCGGAAAUGUGCCUGCAUUGCGGCCGGCAUGCUGCUCAUAUCGACUGCCUCGUCAUCGCAGUAGACGGUGCGUGCUCGAGCAGUGGAAAAGAUGGGGCGCGCUCGGCGAUCGGCGUUCUCCGCGGUUACGGCAAUGCGUUGAAUACAGCACUCUGAACUAGCCAGCGGCUUAUCACACCAACCAGAUCGCUGAGCCUUCAGCCUGCGUGCUGGACCUGAUGACUGUAUGAAAAUUUCAAAAGCAGUCGGAAGGACAAGGCCAAUGGUUAUCCUGGGUUAAUCAAGUCGGACUCCAAGUAUGUCGUGCGCGGGAUGACCGAGUGGCUUCCAAAAUGGAGGAGAAAUGGAUGAAGAGCCUAGAAAGG